UUCUCUCUGCUCUCUUCCGUAACACGUGCGGUAAACAUUGUUGAUUGUCCGUGUAUUUUUUAUAUUAUUUAAGCGUUAUUUUACUAUAUCGUAUAGUUAACUAAUAAAACAACAUGAAAAUUCGUAGAAAUCAUCGUCAAAAGCGUUAUCGCUAUAAUGUGAACAGGAAAACCCUCAAUAAAACCCGGUCAUCUACAGGAAAAAUUAAGGAUCCCGCUUUUAAGAAGCUAUGGGAAGAAACUAAAAAGCCCGGCACCAACUUUCGUGAAAUGGGAUUAUCCUCAAAUCCAAAUAAAACGGUACCCAUACCAAAUUUUAAAUCAGAUCGUCUGAAGAUGACAAAAAUUGUUAAUGGUUUUGUGGAAGAGGAAAUUUCCGAUCAAGAUACUAAACCAACACCAAAGAGAGGUCAUAUUGUAAAUGAGAUGGAGGAAAUGGCCAAGCAGAGGGGAGAUUCCAAACUUAGAUUACCAAAAGGCAUAGUUAACCAUCUUACCUAUUUCUUGGACAAAUAUCAAUUUAACUACAAAGCUAUGGUUACCGAUAGACGUAAUCAUGAUCAAUGGACAUGGAAACAAUUUCGUAUGAAAAUCAAACAAUUUAUGAAUAUUCCAGAACAGUUCAACACAUACUUGGAAAAGAAGAAUCUACCGGUAAAUAAAAAGCUGGAUUGGCCAGAAUACGAUUCGGAUAGUGAAUGGAAAUAGAAUGCUAAGGGGUGGUGAGAAGGCUUUGAUAGUAUGUAAGUUAAAGUUUUUUUUUUUUAUAAUAAUUGUAAAUUAAAAAUAAAAAAAGUAUACAAACGUAA